AUGGACACUCCAAGCUCUUUGGAUCGAAUUCUCCGCACCACAACUCUCAUCGCUUUUUUCCCUGCUCUGGCCCUUCUGAUCCCUUAUGGCGUUGUCAGUUGCAGUGUGAUUCCUGCUCUUGGGCUCGUACCUGCAUUCUUCUCCGCUAUCCUCGGUCUGCCCACCUCGUACCUCCAACGGGCUCAAUUGACUCUGUACAUCGAUGUGUUUCUUGCUGUUUCUCACAUCAGCAUAUUGAUACCGUUCUGGGUGCUCAAUGCAGGGUGGAAUAGCUGGGAAAGCGGCGGAGUGAUUAUGCUUGGAACUUAUGGAACAGUGUUAUUAAUGAUGGACUUCUGCAUCCACACUUUCUUCGUCCUUCGUCACAUCUUCAGGAUGUGUAGAAUGUUUUCGCUCGUACGAACUUGCCCGAAUUGUCGUACACACAUCGGCACGGGAGUCAUUUCUCGCAUCGCUCGCGUCUCAGCUGAGAAACCUCGUCACUCUUGUGAGAGCGAGGCACUAUAUCAACCACUUGACGCUCCGAAUUACGAUGAUGAAGCUCCAAAAUACGAUGACGAAGCGAGAAUAUCUUCUGAGGCU